AUGUUCCGAAUACUCGAAUCGCAAGCGCCGGCAAAGCAGACGGCCACUGAUGCCAUCAGUGUCCUAUCGAACAGACUACAAAGCGCAACACUAUUGGAGGACCGUCGAGCAGCUAUACUUGGUCUACGGAGUUUUGCAAAGAAUUACCCGGCGAGUGUAGCAUCUGGGUCACUUCGGGACCUAAUUGGCAGCGUACGGAAAGAUGCAGAAGAUGUGGAUACUUUGAAAGUGGUGUUGGAGACAUUGUUGAUGUUAUUCUCCCCCGAUGAGAACAGCCCUGAAGCUUCAGAAGAGAUUGUACUAUGGCUUGCGGAUGAAUUUACCCAGCGUCAAGAUAAUAUCACGGCUCUGCUGGACCUCCUCGAGACUAAGGAAUUUUACUCUCGACUUUAUUCUUUGCAAUUGAUCUCGGCAAUUUGUGCAGCGAGACCUGAUCGAACUCAGGAAUGCAUCUUCACGGCUCCGCUGGGUAUUUCAAGAUUGGUUGGUGUGCUAUCGGAUGUCCGAGAGCCUGUCCGGAAUGAGGCCCUUGUUCUUCUCAUUGCCCUCACCCCUUCGUCGGCCGAGCUACAAAAGCUCGUUGCAUUCGAAAAUGCCUUUGACCGUGUCUUCGAACUCAUUGAAGCAGAGGGGUCACUAUCAAAUGGAUCCGAGGUGGUGGUAGAUUGUCUAUCACUCUUGGCAAACCUACUUCGACUCAACGUCUCGAAUCAAACCUACUUCAGAGAAACAGGGUGUGUCAAGAAACUCGCAGCCCUGCUUACGGAUGUGACAAACCCUCCAGCUCCGCAAGAAGAACUCUCAGCAUGGUCGAUAGCUCGACGGGAUAAAAAUCUAUGGGGACUGCUAGCUAUCAUUCAGUUGUUUCUUGUCAAGGGCAGCAUACUGAAAACUAAUCAAACGGCUUUCUGGCAAGCAGGAAUCAUGGAAAAAGUGCUGUUUGUUGCAUUCAGCAAAAACUUUGAUGUUCCUGUUAUUGCAAAAGCUUUGGAGACUUGCGCAGGAUUGAUUCGUGGAAAUUCAUCGCUACAAGAGAAAUUCGCAGAUGUCGAUGUGUCCUGGAAUACUGUAUCUGUCGUUUCAGGAACGUCAAAUGGCACUUCAAAACCUAACAAACCCGAACGGAUCAAUGUUCUUGAGGCCUUACUCAAGCUGACGCUUGAACCGGCACCUGUUUUUGCACUUGAAGCCCGACUUGCAGCAUGCGAGUGCAUCCAAGCUUUCUUUGCGAAACACAAUGGCAUUCGAUUACAUUUCCUGGGCCGUGCCAUCGACGGUCAUAUGAGUGGAAACGAUCAGAUACCAAACAUCAUGACAACUUUGCUAGAAACUCCGGAGUCGCGCACAAGAGUUGAUCCGUACGGGAACUGGAUGGCUUCAGUUCUGAUGUUCCACUUGUUAUUCGAAGAUCCAGAGGCCAAAGCGCUCGCGCUCAAAGUCACGGAAGGAAAUGCUGAGAAGGGCGAGGAAGUAGUUACAUGCAUUCAGACGAUAGCCGGUAACUUAACCACGGGAUUACAGAGAGGCGAUGACGACCGAGUUUCCGUCGCAUACUUGAUGCUCUUGUGUGGUUGGCUAUUUGAAGAUCCAGAUGCAGUAAACGACUUUUUAGGGGAGGCCAGUAUCAUCCAGUCGUUAAUUCGUGAGAUCAAACAGAGCGGUGUCGGCAAUAUUCUUGUUCCCGGUCUAUCUUGUGUCUUGUUGGGUAUCAUAUAUGAAUUCUCGACAAAAGACUCUCCCAUACCCAGAGAGACAAUUCAUAACCUACUCAACAGUGGGCUUGGCAGAGAACAGUACAUUGACAAGAUAACCAAGCUUCGAGAGGAUCCUUUGGUUCGAGACUUUGAGGUUCUACCCCGUACAGGCCGAAGUGAUCGUGAUGGAGCACUUCCCGAGAUUUUCUUUGAUGCAGUGUUCAUAGAGUUCUUGAAAGACCACUUCAGCCACUUUCUGCGAGCAAUCGACCGCGAGCCCGGUAUGGAAGUCCCAGUUAUGACCAAUGGCAUUCAGAAGGGAAUAUCUAGGGAAUUAGUUGACUCGCUGCGGGCACAAGUCGAGCAACACAACCAGACGAUACAGAAGUUGGAGUUGGAUUUGUUGAACCUGCAACAGAAACUGGAGCAAGAGCAGCUGGAUCAUCGACGAACCAAGGAAUCCACAAGCCAUGAGAUGGCUCGCAUCAAGAACAUUAACGAUAGCCUGCAGAAAAAUCAUGAAGCAGAAAUCUCGCGAAUGGAGGAGUACUACAAGGGAUUGAAUGACAGUGUUCAAAAGAAUCAUAGGAUGGAGCUUUCGAAAUUAGAAGAGCAUCACCACCAGGAACUGUCGAAACUGGAGGAUCGUCACCAACAGACCAUUACCGGCUUGCAGAAAGAUCAUACGUCUGAAGUGUCCAAAUUGGAAGAUCAACAUAGGCAAGGACGAAACGAUCUACUCAAACAGCAUGACGAACAGUUGCGAGCGAUUGACAGCCAGCUGAAAGGCACUACUGCAGACUACGAACGAAAGAGUGCCAAGCUACGUCAGCGCCACGAGGAUGAGGUAGCCGGCCUGAAGAAGUCUAUAUCAGAUUUAACAGAAAACCUCGACAAAGUCAGCAACGAUCAUAUACUGGAGCUACAGAAGAUUCGAGACGAGCAUUCGACUAGAUAUGCUGACUUUAAGGCUCAGCUCAAGCAAGCAGCCGAACGAGCAUCAGAAGCUGAACAGCGCGCCCAAGAAUUCGAAAAAGAGCUCUCAGAGGCCAAGGAAGCUGCACAGAGAGCAGAAAGUAUGGCUACAGACGCCGAAAACGCUCGAAAGGAAGCCCAGGGUGAAUUGGAGGAUCUUUUGAUUGUAUUUGGAGACUUAGAGACGAAGAGGAAACAAGAAAAGCAACGUCUGAAGGAACUUGGCGAAGAAGUGUCAGAGGAUGAGGAUGAGGACGAGGAAGGGAAUGAAGAUGAGGAAGAAGACGAUGAUUAA